GUCUCUUCUUCCUCUCAUUAAGCACCAGAUCCGUAUCUCCACAAGAAUGAAGGUGGUCGCUGCGUAUUUGCUGGCCGUUUUGGGAGGCAACGCCUCGCCUUGCGCCGAUGACUUGAAGGACAUCCUCGGUUCAGUUGGAGCCGAGGCUGAUGAUGAAAGGAUUGAGUUGCUAUUGUCUGAAGUUAAGGGAAAAGAUAUCACGGAACUAAUUGCCGCUGGAAGGGAAAAGUUGGCUUCAGUUCCUGCUGGAGGUGGUGGCGGGGUUGCCGUGGCUGCUGUGUCCGCUGGUGGCGGUGCUGCUGCUGCUGCUCCUGCUGCUGCAGAGUCAAAGAAAGAGGAGAAAGUUGAAGAGAAAGAGGAAUCCGAUGAUGAUAUGGGCUUCAGUCUCUUUGACUAGGGGGUCAUGGUGUUGGUUUUAUGCGGAGCCUAGUUGCUAUCUUUUUUGUUGAAUUUAGUAGUUCUUCUCUGUUGGUUAUCCGAGUAGUAGUUGGAGUUUUGAAAUGCUUGUCGAAAUAUAAUUCCGGAUUUUGUAUUGAUCAUUUGUGGUUGCACCUGGGAUUGAGAUUAUGGUGUUUGCAAGUUGCAACUUUGCCAUGCUA